UCCUGUUCUGUCUGGUACAAAUCACAAGAGUUUCCUUAAUUUGGUUAUUUGAGUUUGGUGAAGUGCUGCAGACACCAUGACUUUUCUGGACACUCUGCGACAAUGGGACGACGCUGUGACAUGUGUGGAUAAAAAGAACCUCCCAGAAGCCCUCAGGAUUUUCUUGGCCAUAGAAGAACCAAACUCCAAAAUUUAUUUUAACAUCGGCUGUCUUCAUCUUCUCAAUAAAGAUUUUGAUGCUGCUGAAAAGGCUUUUGAUGGCAGCAUACGCAAAGAUGAACACUUGGCUGUGGCCUUCUUUCAAAGAGGAAUUACCUUUUACAAAAAGGAGAGGUUGGAGGAGUGUUUAGGUGACUUCACAAAUGCCUAUAAAGCACUUCGAGGAAACCAGCUGAUCGAUUACAAAGCUCUUGGUCUCAGAUACAAGCUGUUUGCAUGUGAGGUUCUUCACAACAUGGCUCUAGUUGAAGCUCAUUUGGGAAAUUGGAAAAAUGCCCAAGAAAACCUGCAGAAGGCACUGGACUGCAAGACUGAAAGCAAACUCAACCUUAUCGACAAAGCAUUUCGGUCUAUUCUGAAACAAAAGCUGUUCAAACUUGUGGAGUUUCCAUCCAGUGAGCUUUUCAGGCCAAAUAAGCACUAUGUGGCAGAGUUAGAGAAGAAGGACUACCUGGGAAAAGCAAAGGUUGUUGCCUCAGUUGUUCCACAAGACCAGUUUUCAGGAUUUGCACCAUUACAACCACAGGUGCAAGACGGCCCUACGAGUCCAGAGGAGCCUGGAGUCUUCAAAGCUUUAGAAGGAAAAGCUCACAUAGUUUUAUUCGAGUUAUUUCCUGAGACUAGUGACGAGUUGGCAGUAGUGCCUGGAAAUAUUGUGUUCGUACUUCAGAAGGGAGCUGACAACUGGGCUACUGUUAUUUUCAAUGGGAGAAAGGGGCUUGUUCCUUACAAUUAUCUGCAGCCACUGGAUUUUUCACCCACUUCUAAAAGACCUGAGGGAAUAGAUACACCUCCAACACGGGAACCACCAAUGCGACCUAAAAGAAAAGGCGAUCAAACUUCUGUUGUGGAAAGUGGAGCUGAUCAAAACAAAAAGGACACAGACAAUACCUGUGUUAUCAAAAUCCACUUCACUUUUACCUUUGCGAUCUCACUACCGUUGGGCUCCUCUUAUGAAGUACUCAUCGACAAAAUAGGAAAGAAGCUGAAACUUGAAGCAACAUCGUUAAUCUUGAGUUUAACCCGAGAGGAGACAGGAGAGAGUGUAAUCAAUGCAAAAACAGACAUGAAAAGUGUGUGGAACAGAGCCAAAGAUGGCCGCCUCACUAUGUGGUGUAAAGUCUAUGAGCCUCAAGAACCACAGAUUUCCUUCAUCGCUCUUCACACUUAUGAGUCCUCAAAUCCAGAAGAUCUUAGUUUUCAAGAAGGAGACAAGAUCCUUUUACUCUCUAGAAUUAACCAGGAUUGGCUCGAGGGUCAGUGUGGUGAAAAGACAGGCAUAUUUCCAGCUUCUUUUGUUGAGGAGCUACCCGUCAAUGGGCAGUGACUGAAGGCUUUUCAAGCUUUCCAAGUUUCAUUUGAAUGUUUAUAUUUAUAUGAAAAAGU